GCAGAAAAGUCGCCCGAGAGCCCCAAGCGGGGCUGGGCUGGGCGUGCUAGUGCAGGGAACCCCAGUGCUCCUGAGAAGCCAGCACGACGAGGAGCGUUCCCCGACCCACCAUCGCUCCCCAAGUGGCUAGGCAGCGCGGCAGGGACCGACGAAACGAGUUGGUGGUCCAGUGCCAGCGAUAAUAUGCAUCCUGUGCUAGUGUCAGAAGGCGGACAAGAGAAGACGAUGGAGAGCGGCAGCCCCAGGACAUAUUCUCACAUGGAUGCUUCUGUGGCGGUCCGUGGGAAGAAAGUUUAGCAAAUUGCUGCCGGUUGACCAAGCCCCUACGCUGCUGCCCACUGCAAGACUUGAACUUUAUCCGAAGCUGCCGUUGGCAAGUUGGAUGACGGGACAUCCAUCACCGCACAAGCCUUCAGGUCUUUGCCUUCAAGCAUACCGCCUAAUCACCCUGACAUCAGGCGAUCAAUUGACCGCGGGCACAUUUGUCCACGACAGUUGACAGUCUCGAUUCCACGAUUCCAGCCCUAGGUUCCACCACCUGCCUGAGCAGGGGCCUCUCACAGCAAGCAUCCAUCAAAUCAAUGCUGCUGAGCUGUGUUCGCUAGAGAAUUUGGGCAGACCCCCCCUUUUUUUUUUCUCUCCUUUAACCCCUGCCCCCAUCGUCGUGCCACCAUCCACCUGGCUUGCUUCACUCCAUUUCGUCCCCCGCCUUUCAAACCCGCUCAUUUCUCUUUUGAUGUUUCUUCCUGCGGGGCACCAGAUUCAAUCCUAGGCUCGUGACUCUCACCGUUCCUUUUCACAUCCUGCGAUCUCGAAACACAAACGUUGCCUGGCUGCUCAUGCCGACGAGUUGCGCAUUCACAAGACAAACUGCCCUGCCAGAUUGAUGGCUGUGCUAACGGAAAGCGGUUCCUCGCACAGAUUUCGGCAGCACGUGUCAUUUGACAACAUCCCAGUUGGCGAGUCGACCAAAAACAACACCUUGGGGUACACCAUCAACCUCUCCCACGAUGGGUACCAGCCAAAGAGGCGGUCGCGCACCAUGAUGGUCGGCAUCGACCAGCAUGCCUACUCCGACUAUGCGCUUCAAUGGCUGCUGGAGGAGUAUGCCGAGGAUGGCGACGAAGUAGUCUGCGUCCACGUGUCGGAGCGAGACCAUCGUGACGAUAAGAACUACAAGGCCAAAGCUGAGGCCAUGGUCGAGCGCAUCAAGCUUAAGAUACCCCCCGACUGCGCCAUCAGCAUCAAGCUGGAGUACGCAGUGGGGAAGCUGCACGAAAUCUUCCAGAAGCUGAUCCACGUCUACCAGCCCUCGAUGCUGGUCGUCGGCACUCGCGGCCGAUCUCUUGGCGGCAUCCAAGGCCUCGUCAACACUAGGAAUUCGUUUUCGAAAUAUUGUCUUCAGUACUCGCCUGUGCCAACGGUCGUGGUCAGGGAUAUUGAUAAACGUAAGAAGAAGAAGGAGAAGCGAAUCCACGACCCCAGCCGGCAGAGUUAUGCGUCUAUGCUUGCUGCAAACAGAGGUAAGCACGAGGCAGACAGUGAGAAUAGCAGCUUGUACGAGCUGGAGGCGAAACUAUCGGGCGAUGAGGAGGCGCACAGGGUGGCUGCCGCCAUUGGGCUCCCCAGCGCCUUCGACCCGACCGUCAAAGGCAUGGACCUGGGAGCGCGGAUGCACCCGCGGUCCCAGAGCCUUCCGUCGCCUCUUCAUCUCGCCGACAGGCCUCAAGGCGGGGCCGCCAGUGGCGCAGCUAGCGGUUCCAUUCCAGCCCCACCCUCGACCUUGGGCGGUAGCGACGACGAGGACAGCGGUGACGACGACGACGACGAUGACGAAGAGUUCGAGGUCAUAUCGGGUCAUCAGAUGCUGCAGCAGACGCACAACAGAGACCCCGACCAGAAGAUCAAGAAGACAAAGCUGCACCAGAUGGAGGUCGCCGAGGCGGCUGCCUUGCGCGAGCAUCCGGUAGACGACGACGAAGACGACGAUGAUGAGGGCGGCGGUGCGAGCUCCAGCAAAUGAUACAAUCUCCAGACCAUGGACGGAGACGGAAAUGGGUCGUGAUGGCAUUUCGCAUUGCAUGCUUACUUAUGCGUGCCACAUAUGGUAUACCCGUUGACACAAUCCUCUGUAUGUUAUGGCUGCAGUCCGAUUAUCGCUGUCAGAUCACAUGCGUGUUCUGCUUUUCUCUCUUUUUUUUCCUCCACAUCCCAAGGCCUGGAAAUUAGCGUUGGGAAAUGUACAGCGGGUUGUGGUAGCAGGAUUCGUUACCACCGGAAGAGCAUACUUCACUAAAAGCAUGCGAAUAAUCCAACAAAGCACAUGUAUAUCCUCAAGUCGCAUGGGUGAAACUGGCCUGGGGCAUGAAAGACAUCAAACAGUACACGAUCAA